UUUAAAAAGAAGACACUGCAAAUUUUCUGCAACAAGUUUAAUUUGAUCCAAGCAGACACAGUGAUGGUUGAUGGAGGAGAGAUUGAGAAGAAGGAUGAAGAAACAAUUGACGCUGAGGAAGAAUUCUCCGACAAUUCAGCUGAAUAUGAUAACGAUGAAGGUGAAGAAGAGCUGGAAGGAGAAUCUCAUUCUGAGGAACCCUUGACCGAGGAGGAUGUAGAGGAGCUAAUUGCUGAGCUUAUAGAAGUUGAGAGUAAGGCUGCGGAAGCCCAGGAGGCACUGGAAGAGGAAUCCUUAAUCAAUGUCGAGGCUGAUGUUAGGAAAGAAUUGGCUCAAUCUCUCUUUGGUGAUGAGUUGGACAAGGCUGUUUCCGGAGAAAUGGCAGCCUUCAGGGAACAAUGGGAAGUGGAGCUUGACGAGCUUGAGACGGAAAGUGCUCAUUUAUUGGAGCAACUUGAUGGUGCUGGUAUUGAUCUCUCCAGUCUCUAUAAGUGGAUCGAAAGACAAGCUCCGAAUGGUUGCUGCACCAUAGCAUGGAAAAAUAGGACUCACUGGGCUGGAACUAAUUUGUCCAGUGAUGCUCUUGAAUCAGUUACAAAGGCUGAAGAGUUUCUCCAGGUCCACAGGCCUGUUAGAAGACGGCAUGGCAAAGUCUUGGAGGAGGGUGCCAGUGGUUUCCUUGGAAAGAAAGUUGAGAAAAGUGAAAGCAGUGAAACUGCAAAUGAUACUACAACUGUAGAUUGGGAUUCUUUCAGUAGAAUGUGCUCUGACAAGUCAUCUUUCGAAAAUGUAAGUUUUGGUAGCGAGCACUGGGCUUCGGUUUAUCUGGCAAGCACCCCACAACAGGCUGCAGAACUGGGUCUGAAAUUUCCAGGUGUUGAUGAGGUGGAAGAGAUUGAUGAUGUUGAUGGUACAUUGUCUGAUCCAUUUAUUGCUGAUGCUUUAGCAAAUGAAGGAGAUUUGAAUCUUACUGAAGAACAAAAGAAAAACUUUAGAAAGGUUAAAGAGGAAGACGAUGCAAAUGCCGAUCGCAAGCUUCAUGUUCAUUUGAAACGAAGGAGGCGUAGGAAGCAAAGCAAAGAGGAUUUUGCUCAAGGAGAACUUUCUCCAUCUGAUGGAAUGAGGGAGCAUCAAUUAGAUGGUUCGAUGGGUAAGGAGGAUGUAACUGCUGAAAAAGAUGUUGGAGAUCAAGAAAUAAAUGAUAGUGUGAACAGGUUGUUUGGCAUUGUUCAUGGAGAGAGGGCAAAGAAUAAUCUUGAUGCCUCUUCUUCUGUGGAUGUGGUUGAGUUGAAGGGCAUCAAACGUUCAAGAGAAUGUGAUGAACAACCAGAUAGUAAGAAAUUCUGUACAAUUACUUUGGAUAGUGAUGGUGAGGGUCCAGAUGCUGAAUGUAAACCAUUGAAUAUGGAGGAAGCCACCAAAUUAGAUAGCCAAGUUAUUUCUAGUUCAGAAUCUGAUUCAGAUUCAGACGAUUCAGAUGCUGGCAGAAGCAUAAAUACUAGCACUAAAAGAAGACGUAAGAAGAUAAUUAGGAGGAUCAUUGAUGAUGCUGAAUUGGGCGAAGAAACUAAGAAGAAAAUUGCAAUUGAGAAGGAGCGUCAAGAGCGGCUUAAAUCAUUGGAGGCGCGGUUUUCUACCAAAUCUCCAGUCUCUUCAGUCAAUAACAGGAGCUCAUUUGAUGGCACUGGUUUAGAAAUACUGGGCGACAUAUCUUCUGGCUACGUAGUAAAUGUGGUCAGAGAGGAAGGCGAAGAGGCAGUUAGAAUUCCUCCUAGCAUCUCAACGAAAUUAAAGAUCCACCAGGUUGCAGGAAUCCGGUUUAUGUGGGAAAAUAUUGUUCAGUCUGUGACAAAAGUGAGGUCUGGUGAUAAAGGCCUUGGCUGCAUUCUGGCGCAUACCAUGGGGUUAGGUAAAACAAUUCAGGUCAUAGCAUUUCUGUAUACUGCUAUGAGAAGUGUAGACCUAGGCCUGAGAACUGCACUCAUAGUUACACCAGUGAGUGUUUUACACAAUUGGCGGCAUGAGUUUAUGAAAUGGAGACCAUCUGAGCUAAAACCUCUACGGAUCUUCAUGGUUGAAGAUGUUCCAAGGGAAAGAAGGGUCGAGUUGUUUGCUAAAUGGAGAAUUAAAGGCGGUGUCUUCUUGAUUGGUUAUACUGCUUUCCGGAAUAUGUCUCUUGGAAAGUAUGCUAAGGACAGAGAUAUGGCUAGAGAGAUUACUAAUGCACUUCAGGAGGGACCUGACAUUCUUGUCUGCGACGAGGCACACAUUAUCAAGAACACUAGGGCUGAUACAACCCAGGCAUUGAAACAAGUGAGGUGCCAGAGGAGGAUAGCGUUAACUGGAUCGCCUCUUCAGAAUAAUCUCAUGGAGUACUAUUGUAUGGUUGAUUUUGUUAGAGAAGGAUUUCUUGGCAGCAGCCAUGAGUUCAGGAAUAGAUUCCAGAACCCAAUUGAAAAUGGUCAACACACCAAUUCUACUGCAGAAGAUGUAAAGAUAAUGAAUCAAAGGUCUCAUAUUUUAUAUGAACAGUUAAAAGGAUUUGUUCAGAGAAUGGACAUGAAUGUGGUUAAAAAAGAUUUGCCUCCUAAAACUGUGUUCGUCAUCUCUGUGAAAUUAUCUCCACUCCAGAGAAAAAUGUAUAAGAGGUUUCUUGAUGUUCAUGGUUUCACAAAGGACAAGAUCUCGGGUGAAAAGAUAAUUAAGAGAUCCUUUUUUGCAGGGUACCAGGCCUUAGCUCAGAUAUGGAACCAUCCUGGAAUAUUGCAACUGAGGAAAGAAAACAAAGAUUCUGCUAAAUGUGAAGAUGUGGAGAAUCUUGCAGAUGACUGCUCUAGUGAUGAGAACAUCGACUACAAUAUACUCCCUGGAGUGUGUCUUGCAGAGAAGCUGGGGAAUCCUCAGAAAAAGAAUUAUAAUGGAUUCCUUCGUGAGGACUGGUGGAGGGAUCUUUUGAAGGAAAAUAGCUAUAAGGAGCCCGAUCAAGGCGGCAAAAUGGUCUUGCUACUUGAUAUCCUCACAAUGUGUUCAAGUAUCGGUGAUAAGGCACUGGUGUUUAGCCAGAGUAUAUUAACUUUGGACCUAAUCGAGUUUUAUCUUUCGAAAAUGCCUCGUCCAAGGAAGAACGGAAAAUGUUGGAAAAAGGGGAAGGACUGGUACAGAUUGGAUGGAAGAACAGAAAGCUCGGAGAGGCAGAAAUUGGUUGAGAGGUUCAACGACCCGUCAAACAGAAGAGUGAAAUGCACUUUGAUAUCGACUAGAGCUGGGUCACUGGGGAUUAAUCUUCAUUCGGCCAACCGAGUAAUUAUAGUUGAUGGAUCUUGGAACCCGACAUAUGAUCUUCAAGCUAUAUAUAGGGCUUGGAGGUAUGGGCAGAAAAAGCCUGUUUUCGCAUACCGGUUGCUUGCACACGCAACAAUGGAAGAGAAGAUUUAUAAGCGCCAGGUGACUAAGGAAGGACUUGCAGCAAGGGUCGUUGACCGACAGCAGGUGCACAGAACAAUGUCCAAAGAAGAGAUAUUACAUUUGUUCGACUUUGGUGAUGAUGACAUAACACCUGAGCUGGGACAAGAUAUUGGAGUUACUACUGAGCCAAAUACAACUAUUCGUGUAGGAAACUUACCAAAGCAGAAGCUGCCACUUCCCCACGGAGGUUCAUCUUCGGACAAAAUAAUUGAGAGCUUGAUAAGCGAUCAUCAUCCCAGCUGGAUCACUAAUUACCAUGAGCACGAGACCCUGCUGCAAGAAAACGAAGACGAGAAGCUUUCGAAAGAAGAGCAGGAUUUGGCUUGGGAGGUGUAUCAGAAGACGCUCGAGUGGGAGGAAAUUCGAAGAGUCUCUCCAGAAGAGAACAUACCCACUGAGCAGCAGAGAAAUUCUGUCCAAGAACCCGCACAGCAUCAGCAGCAGCAGCAGCAGCCUGUUGCAGAACCUGCAGUUGAUCCUCCCCCAGCACCGGCUCCUAAAUGUGACUAUGCACUAGAACGAGCCAGACGACGCCACCAAUACAAAUACGGACACCGACAAUGCACAAACCUCGCGCACCUGCUGACCUUGAGGAGUCAACAGAUUAAGGCAGGUGGCCAUGCCAUAUGCGGCGAAUGCGCCCGUGUGCUGCGCUGGGAGGACGUCCAGCCCGAUCCAAGGUGUUGGUGAUGAUCUAAUGAAGUUAGGCUGUUACAGGUUUUACAUUAUUUUCACCAUGGUUAACUGGAAAAUUAAUUUGUCUCGUUUUUCUAUAACCGGCUGAAUUCUCUCAUCUUUAUUGUUUUCAAACCACAUCUUUACUGUUUUCAAACCACAUUUUUUUGUAGAGGAACCACAGUUUGUGUUUGUGCUAUAUUCAACCUUCAUUUAUGGAGUACUAUUAUUUUAGAUCUUUUUAUUAA